UAAAGUCAAUAUACAUUUAUAUAUAUAGAUGUUUGUGUUUUGAUGGUGUGUGGUUUGGUUUGGUAUUAUUAUUAAUGAUGGUAGUAGAGUUAGAGGUGGUGGAGCUCAAGGUGCAUAUACACUGCAAGGCUUGCGAGAAAGAUGUUCGCAAAGCCCUUUGCAAGAUCAAAGGAGUAAGGUGUGUGGACAUAAAUGUAAGAUUGAACAAGAUCACAGUUUUGGGUUAUUUCCAUAAUAAUCCCAAACACAUUCUCAAAGCUCUGCAUAAAACUGGAAGAAGAGCUUAUCUAUGGCCACCACCACCACAAACACCAAUUCCAACUCCAAUUCCUAAGCCUUUUUCUGGGUUUCGUUCCUUUCUUCCCACUUGUCAUCUUGGCUUCUCAGACUGAAUAAAUAAAUCAUGACCCACUUUUUAUAUCACUCUAAUAACCAUUUUAACUUACAAAAAUGUUGUCUUUACUUUGAUUAUGUCUUUCUUCUACCUUCCCUCAUUAAGGCCUCACAUUAUGAUCCUCUUCAGCUUCAUUGCAUUGCUAUCAAGUCAGGUUCAGUUUCAGACUCGGUGGUUUCUAAUUCACUCAUUUCAAUGUAUGCAAAAUCUUCUAAUCUUUGUGCAGCUCGCCAAGUGUUUGAUACAAUGCCUUAUAGAGAUACCAUCUCUUGGAAUUCAAUUAUUAACUGUUUUAUACAAAAUGGGCAUUCCUCUAAUGCCUUGCAAAUGCUCAAGAGAAUGUAUUUGUGUGGUUUUGUACCUAAGCCGGAGUUACUUGCAGGCGUUUUAUCGGUUUGUGCUCGGUUGCAACGGUUGAGAUUAGGAAGGGAAAUUCAUGCUGUUGUUGUUACUGAUGGAAGGAUUAAUGAGAUUGAGGAGUCUGUGUUCUUGUCAACAGCUUUGCUUGAUUUGUAUUUCAAGUGUCAUUGUUCUACUAUGGCUUUACAUGUUUUUAAUCGAAUGGCUAUGAAGAAUGAAGUUACUUGGACCUCUAUGAUUUCGGGUUGUGUUGCCAAUGGUGACUAUGAUAUGGCAAUGUGUUGUCUCAGGGCAAUGCAGGUUGAAGGGAUGAAACCGAACCGAGUAACGUUGAUAGCCAUUCUACCUGUUUGUGCUCACUUAGGCUGCUUAAAAUAUGGGAAAGAGAUUCAUGGGCACGCCUUUCGCCAUGGAUUUGAUUCAGAUCCUCACUGCUCAGCAGCUCUUAUGCACAUGUAUUGUAUGAGCAGAGAAGCAUCAUCCCCUGCUGCUCAACUCAUUUUUGAGAGAUCAACUGUUAGAGAUGUUGUAAUGUGGAGUUUAAUCAUUGGUAGCUAUGCUAAGCAGCAUGGUCAUGAAGCCAAAGCUAUAAAGCUCUUCAACCAAAUGCAGGAACACGGGAUUGAACCAAACUCAGUAACUCUAUUGGCAGUGAUUUCUUCCUGCACUUCUCUGUCUUCACUAGACUUAGCUAGUUUAAUCCAUGGCUAUGCCUUAAAAUCUGGAGUAACACUUGACAUUUCGAUAGGGAAUGCUCUUACAAACAUGUAUGCAAAGUGCAGUGGCCUUGAGGCUGCUCAUCGAGUUUUCGUGGAGAUGCCAACGAAAGACUCAAUUUCAUGGAGCACACUAAUAGAUGGAUAUGGACUACACGGGGGUGGCGAACAAGCUCUCGAAUUGUUUCAUGAGAUGGAAGAAACAGGAGUGAAAACAGACGAAAUAACAUUCCUUUCGGUUUUAUCUGCUUGCAACCACGCAGGCCUUGUCGAAGAGGGACGGGAAAUCUUCCACCGUUUGAUGAAAAACAGCGACGAAAUAAGAUUGACAAUGGAGCACUACGCUUGCUACAUCGAUCUUCUUGGACGAUCAGGGAAGAUUGAAGAUGCUUGUGAGGUAUUGAAAGCAAUACCAAUGAAAGCAAGUACUAGAAUUUGGACUUCUUUGAUAUCAAACUGUAAACUCCAUGGAAGAAUGGAAGUAGCUGAGAUGUUAGCACAUCAGAUUGUUGAAUCAGAGGCUGAAGAUGGUGCUGCUAAUCACACCUUGUUGAGUAUGGUUUAUGCUGAAAGUGGCAAUUGGUGUGGUGUAGAAGAGGUGAGAAAAGCCAUGGUUGUGAAAAGACUAAAGAAAUGUCAAGGCUUGAGUCAAAUUCAGGUUUAAAAAUAUGAACUUUUUGUUGUGACAAUAUGUACUGCUUUUGUCUUGAUGUUGUUUCUGGGUCAGCAAACAACAAAGGAAAGAUCUUUAGAGAUAAUUAGUUUGACCAAUAAUGUGUAACCACAUCACUUACAAAAUCCCAAAAUACUAACUACAUACAAAGUACAAACUCUUGUUAGAAAUGACCAAUAAAAAUGAUUGGAUUUUUCUUUUAUGGAAAA